CCGUUAUGUUUUGCGUAAGGAUAUACCAUCUCGGCAGCCUUGAAAGUCUUUCAACGUUUAAUGUUCGAUUGGAAGCAAACACAGUUUUUGUACCGCACGCUUCACUGGGCCGGAUGUAGUUUUCACAGUAACAACCCGAACAGUUCCAUCGGUUCCUGGAUGAGUUUCGAUGAUGCGUCCUAGACGCCAAUAUAAUGGAGGCACGUUGUCUUCGACUAAGAUCACCAUGGCACCAGGAGUGAUCAAAUUCGGAUUAGAGUCACUUGAGGGCCACUUGGAACGAGCCUGAAGGUUCAUCAGGUAGUCUCGACACCAUCGUUGCCAAAAGGUUUGCUGAAUCUGUCUUAUUAGCUGAUAUUGAUUUUGAAGGUUCUCUGGUAGCUUGGAAUAAUCGCAUUGAGGAGGGCUAACACCGAUCAAGAAAUGACCGAGGGUCAGGACUGUUAGGUCUGACGGAUCAGAGGAAAUAGGUGUGAAAGGGCGUGAGUUUAUCACAGCUUCAACCUGUGCAGCUAUAGUAGACAGAUCUUUGAAAGUUAACGCUUUCUUGCCCAAAACUCGAAUGAGGUGUAAUUGUGCUCGUUUAACUGCGGCCUCCGAAAGACCUUCAUAAUGACGUUUCACCACGUUCACGUGAGGGAAUGAAAUUUCACUUAAUAGAGUUUUUCAAAAGAAACUUUAAAAUAUGAGGUUCAUUUAUGAAAUCAGGUAAUUUGGAAUAAAUCUGUUUCAACUCGUUGUCAGCUCCGACAUUGUCGCUAUAAAUGAUGCGGCACAAUCCUCUACGAGAGACAAACCGUGAUAGCGCAUUGAAAAAUGCCCCACUGCUCAAGUCACUCACAACCUCUAAAUGGACAGCUUUAGUUGUGAAACAGAUAAAUAUGCAAAUAUAGGCCUUAAUAAGGGCUCGAUUGCGAAGUUUGCCGUCCUUAACCCUUAGUUAGUCGCGCCAGUGUAUUUUGUACACUAUUUUUAAAAUAGAAGUCACCAUUUGUUUAAAAAACGCUUUUUUGCCACCACCACUACACGUAUCUUAGCAGACAGAUGUCCUUGACUCACUGCAAUCCCGUUUCGCCGGUUUUAGUUGGACGCCGUACUUGAAUUGAAUAACAUUUUCUGAGCGGUGCCUGAAAUACACCACGCGACCAAUUAACAUGGACAAAAUACGUGUGAGAGACCCCAAUAGGUUGACUGAUGAGGAACUUGCCCUUUUUUUAGAGUUAGAUGAUAGUAGCGACGAAGUGUCACCCUUGGAAAUUGAAGAGGAGCAUGAUAGCGACUUUGAAGAGGAAGUAGUUUCUUAUAGUGAUCAUGAGAGUGCUUCCGAAGUUAGCGAGGAAGAAUAUGAAAAGGCCAAUGAAGAGGCCGAAUAAAAGUCCGAUGAAGUGGAAGAUGAAAAUUUUUACACAGGACGUGAUAAAACAAUUACCUGUGGACAUAAAAAUCCUGCUAAAGAAAUUAGUCAAAGAAGAUCAAAAUCAACCCAAGGCUGACAACCCAGAAGAACCACCCCAAAAAAUAAGAGCAAGAUGCCUUUUGUGUGGACGAGCCAAGAAUAGAGUAACAACAAUGAAGUGUGAUUCUGUUUAUGUUAACAUAAUGUAA